UCCCCCCUCGCUGGCCGGCUCGCUGCUCCUCGCCGACGGCAGCAACAUGGCGCCCGCUUCCCUUCUCGCUCGUUGCAGACGCGAAGUUAAACGACGAGCGCAUGGGCCUGGGUAAGGGCGGCCGCGUUCGCUGCCCGCCCCAUUGGUUACUACAAAACUGAGCCGCCGGCGCGGCAGGAAGCGGGCCCAUUGUACGACCUGGGGGUUAAAAGACUGCGCGGGCAGCAGGGGCUAUCGGGGAGAAAUCUUAGUCGCAUUUUCAGUGCGGCCACAUGAUAGAUAUGAUGGCGAGUUUGUAAAAUCUGUAUUCAUGGCGUGCCCUGACAUGUGCUGGCUAUCUUAUUUAUUACUCUGUUUUGCAGCGUAUUUUCAUAUACACGGAACAUUUUCUGUGAGCAUAAGCAAAUGUAAAAUGAAGGACUAGAAUUCCCCGUCUUUGUGGCCCGGCAAAGAGUGAAUUUGUGCAAGUGGUUACAAAGUGAAUUUUUAUUUUAAAACUGGACAUGGAUUAAUAUACUUGUAAUUUAGCAACACAGUGAGUAAAGUUCAGAGAAGCUUUGGGCAUAAUGCACAUUGUGAAAUAGAAGUUAGGUUAUAACGUGCCAAAAACCAUUAGAAGUGAAAAAGGUGCUGUUAUUGAAAUUAUGCAAUUUCUCUGCAUCAAAAUACAUAAUGAAUGCGAUCACUUAAGCCCUAAGUCCUGGGGAGUAUGGCAGCAAUGCAUAAUUAUGGAGGAAGAAGAAAGAUCAAUAAUUUAGAGAAACAGAAAUAUGCUGCUUUGGGUAUAGAUACAACUUAAGAUUUGUCUCCUGCAUGCCAAGGUCACUGUCACUGGAUAGCUUGAAUACUUCCUGAAGGGGAAGGGUGUAGAAUGAGGGAGAGGGGGCUGUGGCUGGAUGAGGAAGUGCAAGCAUUUUAGAGAACUAGGAAAGAUCUUAAAAUACAGUGCAACAAAGUAAUUGUUCCAGUGACACAUGCUAACAAAUAUAGAAUUAGGAAGAUGGAGCAAAUUCAUGACUGGAGGACUAGCAAAAGAGGGGGUGCUUUAAGUUUCUGAGGCUUUGGAGCUUCUCUGGGAGAGGUUGCUCCCUUUUGUAGCGUGUCAGUUCCUGAAAAUAGAAGAAGCUCACAUGGUGCUUAGAUAUGAAAGAACAAAUCAAUUAAAAUGCAAUGGAAAAACAACUUAGCCUGAUUCAGGUAGAAUACUCUACCAGCGGAAAGCUGAGAGUAGGAAUGGGGUGGUGAACUAAAGUGGCAAGCUGCGACAAGUCCAGGGCUGUUUCUGCAUACUGAGUAGUGAUGUUCUUGCACGGUAGUUAUCACUUUGAUUUUGGUCUUCCCAAAGUAGAUGAUACCAGGUUGUGAACUUUUGAAUUCAUUGCACUAGAUUGGAAGAAGAGAAAAUGAAUUGCUACUUUCAGCUGAAUAAUUAGAAGGGAAAAGGUAAAAAAAAUACAUGUGUUGGACCCCCUGUAGUAUGAGAAAAUAACAGAUAAACAGUGGUUAGCGGUACAGAAGAACAGAUGGAAAGCAGGAAAGGGAACGGUUCUUGGGGAAAUCUCCUUUUAAGCACAUAAGUUGUGAUUGGUGCUGCAUUUGAUGUGAAUGGUGGGAGGAGGGCAUGUGUGGAACUCUAGUUUUGCUCCGUGUAGGAGAAGGUUGUGACCAGACUUGCGGAGAAUUUCAGUGAGAUGUAAUCGCAAUCCUUUAUCAACUUUGGUUAUGGGAAACAAUUUAAUGAGGGGGGAAACCUCUCUUAAGGUACCUGUGUGGUAAAUCUCAUUAUUAUAGCAAAUAUGAUGGUGGCAGAAACAGGGAGAAUGGAAUAGAGUCUUUACAAAACACACAGCCAAAGGAAGUAUAAUUAAAAUAGCUGUGUGAGUCAGUAGCUUUUUGAAAAAAAUUGUUGCAGAAAGGGAGGAGAAGAGUCAGGGGCUAUUUUGUGAUGACAACAGGGUGAAAAUUGGCAGGAAAGUAAUAAAUUUUUCAAGUUCUAUAUGAAAGCAAGAACCAGCACCAGUGUAAUAAUGUGCCAGAAAACAAUGUGAGAAACACAAUCAUCACACAGUGAGCUAGAUGCUGAAUCACUGGGGUUUCCAAAUAAUCAGAUUAUUGGAAUUUUACUGUGUACCAUUAAAAUCUCACUUAGAUUUGUGCAAUACUCAUACAUUUUAGGUUAUUUCACAACUGGACCAGUUCAAAAAUACCAGAUUCUUGUAGUUCUGCUUAUUUCCUUUGACUUUGGUGAAGACAGCACAAACUGUGCAGCUCGUGGAGAAAGGCUGAAUCACUGACAGCAAGUUCAUAUUUUCUGCUUUUAAAAAUGUGUUCACUAGAAAGAUUCACAAGAUGCUGUUGGUUUCAUUGUGUAAUGAGAGUGGGACAUUUUGGCCAUCGUCACAUUUCUAAGCUUGUGUGGAUGCAACAGAUCUCCAUUUUAAUGAUUAUUACGAUGAAAAGUAGCCAUUGUUAUAAUAAUCUUAAGUGCUAAAAAAUUUUCUGUAUCUAUCACAUCAUUUUUAGUCCAUCCUCCUGCCGUCAUUCCCCUUGCCCUUACCUACCACCCCACAAGCCUCUUGAUCCAGCACAUCAUUCCUCACACACCACACAUACACACUCCACAUUCUAUAGUGGGCACUCUCUACUUGACUUACUUAUCCACUCAUCCAUCCCCACUGAUCUAUCUCCUGGCACUAUCCCUGUAAGCAUAACAAGUGCUAUACCUGCCCCAAUAUCACCUCCCUCAUCAUUCUUCCAGCAUUUUGUGUGUAUUGGUCAAGAUUUCGAGCAUCUGCAGAAUCUCUUGUCUUUGGUAAUUAUCUUAACCUAGAUAUCCUCUGAGGCUGUUCUUCCAAGUAGGCUGCUGUAUUAAUAUCAGUGGCAAGUUUACCUUGUAUAUCCAAGAAACAGUUCUAUUAGGAAUAUUGGGAACUAAGAUUUCAAAAGGAUUUGGCAGUCUAACCCUGUCAAAAUUCAGGGUUAAAGCCAAUGCACACUGGAAUUUUCAACAAAAAUAAAUCUCCAAAAAAAUGGGAAGAAUUCAGCAGGUCAAGCAGCAUCUGUGGAGGGAAUUCAUGAAAUAAACCUUUUAUCACCACAUUUGCUACCUGAUAUGUUCUCGUUAAGCAUUCUGGUUUUUAUAAAUCCCAUUGAAUUUUGCUUUGACUGGAAUUAUAACUUAAAUAAAAUUGUUAAAACUGUAAGAUGGUUUUUAACAUAGGGGAGAAAGAAACCCUGGUAUCUACAUUUUUAUUUAGCUUGUUACUUCAGUUCCAAAGUUGUGAUGUCUCAGAAGGAUGAAAAACUUCUUACCUAUUUAUUAAUGUAACCGUUUCCCUUGUUUAACCUACUAUCCAUGAAGUUUUAAUUCACUAAUCACCCAUGUGGUGUGCUGAUUCAGUUGCUCAGCAACAUUGUAUAAACAGCAACACACACAAAGUCCUGGAGGAACUCAGCAGGUCGUGGAGCUUCCAUGGAAAAGUGUGAACGUUUAUCUCCCCAUGCAAAUUGGAAUACAAUGUCCUUUAUCCACUAUAUCACCUAACAGGUGUAUAGCUUGCUGUGUAAGAACUGUAAAAGCAGUACAACUUAAUCAUUUGUAAAUAUAUUCCCCAAAGAACCUAGGAAACUUCUUACAAUAUUUAAAGAACAGAAAGAACAUUCGAAAAGGAAGACCCUCCAACGUGUUUAGUGUAAUAAACUGUUUCACUAUGGAUCCACAACUAUCAGUGGUACAUCAUAAGGAGUUUGCAAAACAGAAUGAAGAAUGUGCUGCUGGGUUUAAUAGUGAAGAAAAAUUAGAAACUGAAACACUAAAUUACAAUUCCAGAAAUUUAACUUGUGUGCAUUGUGAUUUCACAUAUACUGAUCAUGAAAUUUUGGAAAAGCAUCUUAGUUCAAUUCAUCCUGAAUUCUCUGAUUUAACAAAUAUUGUGCUUUAUCAGAAAACUGCCAAAUUGUUCCAUUGUCAGUUGUGUUUCUUCACAAACAAAGUGUAUAGUGAUGUUUACAAUCACGUUGCAAAGCAGCACCCAAAGUUGAGCAAAAGUGAAAUAGCUUCUCAGAUAAAAGAGCCGAGUGAAGGAACAGGCCAUGAAACAAACAAACAGCCACGAGCCACAAAGAGAAAACCAAAAGAAUCCAAAGUGAUUGAAAAAGGUAAGUCUACAAAAAGGAGAAGAAGAGGCCGAAGAAAACGUACGGAAACAACUGUGAGCACAAUUGAGUUAAAUCCUCCAAAGCCAGCAGAGACGGGCUUGAGCACAGUUGAAGGACAACCUGUUAAGAGAAAACCUGGAAGACCAAAGCGUAAGGUAGAAGAAACAAAAACUGAUUUAAACUGUUCAAAAUGUGGAAUUCGGUUUGGCAGUCUUAAUGAACUAAAUGCCCAUAAUUGUCAGAAGAAAAAGAUGAAAGAUUCUAACACUCCACCAUUUGAUUUUGAGCAUUCUGAUUACAGUGGUCGAUACUCAGCUCAGUAUGGAUCCACCCGUAAGUCUGCAGUUUCAAAUAUCAAUUCUAAAGAGCCAGCAGGUUUGAAUACAUCUGAAAAGUCAGCAGUUUUGAGUAAUCCUGAGAAACUGACCAUUUCAAAUAAUCCUGCAGAUAAUGCCAUUCCAAAUAACCUCAAUGAAUUGACAAAUUCAACUAAUGCCAAAAACCUGAUAACAUCAAAAGAUUCAGCAGAGACAUCUGAAGAAAAGAAUUAUGUAAAAAGUUUACAUGAAAAUGUUAAGUAUGUCAGAGGAACCUUUUUCUGUAAUUCUUGUAAAUUCCAUUGUAAAAGCAAAAGUAGUGCCCUGUAUCAUGUUGUAAGAGUACAUGACAAGCCUUAUCCUUAUAAAUGUGGUGAAUGUGGAAGAUGCUUUGUUAUGGACAAGGAGCUUCAAAGGCAUAUGUCAGUUCAUACUGGAGAAGCUUAUUACAAAUGUUCUAAAUGCGAUUUCGAAUCUGAUUAUGCCAGAGCAUUUAAGAAUCAUGAAAAGCAGUGUACUGCUCAACAGAGAGAAGAUAAUUAUUCAGAAAACACCGAUGCUAAGAAACAACAGAGUACAGUACAAGACAUAAAGUCAAUCAGUCCAGAACCGCCUUCAGUUGAGCCUCUUAGUUUUGGUAAGGAAGAACUGCAACCACAGGAAAAGUCUGUGUCAAAAGUGGAAUCUUCAGAAACUGUGUUACCAGCAGAAGGUAAAAAAUGUAUAGAGCUGAGUGCUGACCAGAUUCAGGACUCAAAUUUGCAACAUUUGAAAGCAGAAGAGCCAACAGUAGCUCCUCAACAAGAUACUGCAUCUUUAAAGGAGAUCAUAUCUUGUCUUGAAUGUGGAAAAACAUUCGAAGAGCAGGACAUGUACCAAAAGCACAAAGUUCUCCAUGCAGUUCAAAAGCCACUAAUUUCUGAGUUCACUCGUGAUGGAUCAGUAUCAAAUGAUGUGGAAAAAAUUACAGAAAGAAAAACUUUCAGUUGCAUUCCUUGCAAUAUCAAGUAUCAAAGUGAAGAGGAUUUACAGCAUCAUCUGAAUAUUCAUAAACCAAAUACUGAAGGCAAAAACUUUAACUGUGAGAUAUGUAGUGCCAGAUUUGAAAAACAAAUUGAUUUGCGCGAUCAUCUAAAAAUACACAAACAAAAUAUUUCAAAGACUAAUCAAGCUAAUAUGGCUGAUAACCGAACACUCUAUAAAUGUAAUUACUGCCCUUACAGCACUUACCUCUUUGUAAAUUACAUUGGACAUGUCAAGAUAGCACAUUCAAAUGAAUUUCCUAUCCAUUGCACAUCCUGUGGAGAUGGAUUUCAGCUUCCAGGUGAUCUAAGAAAACAUAAAUGUCAGCAGAGUCAAAGUGGCAGUGUAAUAUCUAAUCAGGGAGAUGAAUAAAGUUUUUCAUAUAAAAAUGUUAAAAUAGAGUGGUAUUCUAAUUCACAGUACGAAUAUUCCUUUUGUUCGUAAAUAAUUUUAAAUACAUUUUUUCAAUUUGAAGAAGGUGAUCUGGAUAAGGGACACAUGGUGAAGAGUGGUUCAAUUCUGGAUAUCAGUAUUGUUUAAAGUCUUAUUGUUGUGAGGCUCUGUCAUAAAUAAACCUUUCAAGAUUUUAAAAUAUGGUCAUUUACUAGUGCCCUUCAUUUCUUGUGUACACCUUUAAUAUUGGGAUAUAUUGUAUUUUUGGCUGAUUACUGAGGGAAUAUGUAACCUACAAGUAUUUAAUAGCCUUUUUCAUCUCUAGCUGGACUUUUGCGGAUAGAAGUAAUGGAAGAACAAUGUACUCUCAGUUAUAAGCAAUGCAUUGCUGGACUGAGGAAUUCUUAGUCUGAGCAAUGCACCUUAGUAAUUGCAUUAACUACUUCUUUCAACUCAUGAAAAUUUAAUUAGAAUUUUUAUUGAUUGCUGAGACAUCGUUUCAGUGCUUGCUUAAGCCUAGUGGCAAAUUACGAAUUUCCUAUUCUCGUGUUCUCUGUGCAGUUGAUUAGUAAUUCUGUUUAACUAGCUAGAUAAACUUGGAAUAUCAUGCUUUUUUGUUGUAAAGACAAAACCUACAAAAAAAUUCUUUUCAUAUUAUUAGAAAAAGAAAAUGUAAUAUUUUGUUUCUACUGUAUCCUAACAUGCUGUACAAUGUGUGACUGUUAAGUACUUUCAUUAAAUUAGCUUAAAAUUCCUUUUGGCUUUAGCAGGUUGUUGGUAAGCCUGUAACUACCAAGUGAGGUUGUCAAUGAAAUUUCCAUUUCCACUAUUAACAUAGGUAUUUGCUUAUUGUACAGAUUUUUAAUUUUGUGUUGAUGUUGUCUGCUAGCUCACUAUUGUACUUAGUGGAGGGUUAUAUUACAGGUUUAACUUUUUGCUAUAGUUUAAAUUUUUGCGUAUACUAACAGUAUUAGCCAUCUACUAAUGAGAAUUUGGUGCUGAAUAUUUCUGAAAUUAUUUCAGUGUAUUAUUGGCUUUUUGCUAGUUUUGUCCAUUCAACUAUCAAUAUGUCUUGCAGUACUUUUUGUAAGUAAAUGGAUAACCUUUAACAUCAAAAAUCCAGAUGAUUAAUGUUUUGAUAAUCUGUUUUGUUAAUGUAAUAAAAUAUUAAACAUUGUA